AUGACUUUGAUCAGCGGAACUCGAAUCAUGUCACGUCCGCUUUUUAGACUACUUCCAUCCGCACAGUCUGUGAGUGUUGGAUUGUGGCAUCGCUGUAGUGUCGCCACAGUACCACCGUCCAAUCGUCCACGCCACCCCAACCCUGGGAAUUUUGCAAAUCGUUCACGCGAAGAGCUUUCAGAAAUAGGUCACAAGGGUGGAAAAAAGGGGGGGAAAGCCACCGGCGUGGGUGGAUUCCAUAAUAUGGAUCCAGAGAAACAGCAUGCUAUCGCUGCAAAAGGCGGUCGAGCUCGUGGUCGGAAAAAACCACCAGGCAACGGGGAAACCGAGUUAGAAGCCGAACGGCGCGGCCGAUCGCAUGAGCCUUCGGUGGUUCCACCAGGAUUUGAAGAGUGGAAGACGAUGGCUUAA